AUGGAACGGCGGAGAGCUGCUGCGAUGGAAAACCACACGGAGGCGGAAGACCCCGUAGUGCCUGUGACUUCAUCGGCAAAUUCUGCUCCCGCUACAAUCGCCACCACCUCCACGGCCGCUGCGGAUACGGAGACCAGCUCCCCAGCUGAGGAGACUUCCUCCGAGACUGUCGAGACUGCACGUUCACGCCCGCGUCCACGUGAGUUGUUUAUACUUCGAUUAGUAGCUUUAAGGGCUAAUUCACCCCCUGUUGUGGAGUUCGAGGGCCAUACUACAUUUUUUCGACGAGGAAGCGGUAGAAUAGAAUGA